UGAUGUUGGCUCUGCUCUCGGAGAACUCACGCGUUAAUAAUAAAUAUGGCGACGUCGUGGUGUUAGGUUGUUCUGUAUCAAUGACAUUAAAGUAAAGAGAUACCGGUGUUGAGGAACGACGGUGAAAUGUACAUAUUUAACAGAUAGUAUGAAACACUGUUGAAGUUUGUGGACAUGUAGUUUUAGUUCCGUGCAUUGCCUUCUAAUUAUAUACAGUAUAUUAGGCCAUAACUAAAUCAGUUGGCAAGAAUGGAAGAGGUACAACUUACUGAAACUGAACAGCGGUAUUUCGAUGAUUUAUUCGUAUGCUGUGACUCCGAUAACACAGGGAAGAUUCCGAUUUACAAAGCCUCAGAAUUAUUUCGGUCUGCAAAUCUCCCACUCGAUGUUUUAAAACAGAUAACUGAACUUUGUGGUGGAGGCAGAGUGAGUCACUUGGGGCGUCGUCAGUUUUAUUCAGCUCUGAAACUUAUAGCAGCUUUUCAAGCAGGGCUUCCUUUACAUCCAGAGCUUUUCCAUUCAUCACUUGAUGUCCCUUUACCUCGUUUUACUUGGACCACAUCUGUAGGUAAAUGGGAUCCUCAGAACAUAAGUCGACAGCUAGGCAGCCCAGAUCUCAUCCAGCUAAGUGACACAGACAGGACACCAACUCCACAGCGUGAUCCAGUGGGGAGUGUUCCAAGCAGUGAAGGAGGGGUACAGGUCCUUACAGAGUCCCCCUACCCCAAUGGACAAUCAUGCUCACCAGGCUGUCGACCUGAGCCUAAAGGGAUGUCACCUGAAGCUUCUAGCACAGCGAGUGACUCACCUACACCAACCAACAGUGUCCAUGAGAGGAACUGGACGCAUUGGCAUGGGUUGGUGUGUGAGGAGCAGCGACAGUUGUUGGGUACCGAGGAGGAGUCAUCAGAUCGCCACAGUAGUGAAGAGGACGUUGAAGGGGAUGGAGAAGUAUGGAACAUUACUGAAGAGCAAAGAGAUUACUAUACAGCCCAAUUUCGAUCUCUUCAACCGGACCCAACUGGACUUAUAGCUGGGCCUGCAGCUCGACUUUUUUUUGAGAAAUCACGCUUGCCAGUACAGGAACUUCGCAAAAUAUGGCAACUUGCAGAUGUAACCAAAGACGGAGCUUUGUCUCUAGACGAGUUCAAUACAGCAAUGCAUCUGGUAGUGUUGCGAAGAAAUAACAUUGACCUACCAGACACUCUUCCUCCUUCCCUGGUUCCUCCUCAUCAAGAUCAGGUAAAUGUUGCACCAGCAGAGCCACCCAGCAUAGAUGAGAGCCCUCCAAGUCUUGCCUCUCCGGCUGGAGAGCCUUCGUCUCCACCUAGGAGCAAGGAGUGGACCAAAUUUGUAGACUCCCCAACUAGUUCAGUGUCUUCACCAGGCCCUAAGCCAGUUAACUUUGAUUUCCAUAAAUCAGCAGUAGAACAGGAUCCAAAAAUCUUGCAUCCUGUGCCAUUGCGCCUGACUCCAGAAUCUCAAGGCCUUCCUCCUGCAGAAGACGAACCAUGCAGAUCACCACGCAAAUUAACAGAACCUCAGCAAAUACCAUAUGAGCAGCUGGGUGGUGAAGGCGGUAGUCCAAAAAAAGGCACAGCAACAUUGGAAAACAAUGUAACGUCGUCAUCGGAAAUUAGACCAAUUCAGCGACCGCAACCAAAGAAACCAGCAGCGCCGGGUCCUGGGGCCAUACCACCUCCACCUCAGCCUACAACUCUGUCCACACCUGAUGAGGUAUCAGGAGCAACAACUACACUCUCAGCAGCAGGUCAGUCUGGUCCAACAAGUCUCCCUGUGACUGCUGUAGCAACACAAAUGGUCCCCAAGAAGGAACCCCCACCCCCUCCCCCACCACGACCGUACCGAACGCAUACAAGAAGUUCAUCUUUGGAUCUCAAUCGAUUAGGAAAAUCUGGAAGUCUGCUUGGAGCUCCGCCAGUUGUUCCACCUAGAAUCUCUCCUAGCAAUACCUCACCAAAAAAGCUGAUCGGACAGUAUAGUGAGGGUGAUGUGCUGUCAUUAGUGGGAGAUCGUACAGGCUUUGCGGACUUUGCUCAAUUUGUCCAUGAAGAGGAAAGUUGUGUGGAUGGUGGCCAACCCAGAAGACAUGGUGCCUUUGAGGUUUACAGGAAACCUGUAUCUACCGCUGGUGUGCCAGAUGUCAAUGUAGGAAUGCAGGAUCUGGAUAGCCCCACAGAAGAAUUACAGCAGCAUAGACAUCGCUGUGAAGGAAGGUAUAGUGAACAGAAUUCAUUACAUCGUCUGCAAGAACAGAACUCUCUCCUCAUCAGAGUCUGUCAAGAGCUUAACCAAGAGCUAGCUGAUGUUCAAGAAGAGAGAGCCUCAUUAGAACUUCAGCUGGAACAGUUUAUUGCCCAGGUGGCAGAAUAAUUGAACUGCACAAAGCAAAGCUGAGGCUACUCUGCAAAUAUAAAUUUGAUCAAGAAGCUGAACUCAGAAAAGGCAUUGUAGCAAUACCUUCCUGUCAUGACUGGUCCAGUAGUCAAAACUAAUUUAGUCACGUCAUGAACCUGCUGUGGAAUUUCAUUCACUGAUUAGAAUGUCUUCUGUGUAGCAGAGAAUUACAUCUUGUCCAUCAAAGUAAGCAAGAACCAGAUGUGUAAUAUUCUCUUCCAGUUGUAUUUCCAAAGAUUGAACAACUGUUAUGGAAGCAGUUUGUCCUCCCUUUCUUAGUUGGCUGGUUUCUUACAAGUCACCUUUAUAUGAACUGGGGAGAUUUCUAUAUUUUCAAAAUUGAAUUAUUUUGCUAUAUUUUAAAUUAGUUAUAGCAUAUUAACAUCUACAUCAGUGGUCUCUUACGUGUAGUUCAGAAUUACACAUCAUGUGAUUGAUAAAAGCAGAGUUAGUUAAAAAUUAGAAAUAAAUAGACUUGCAUUUGUAUGUGUAGUUAAAAGUUCUUAUUGAAGUAGUGACUUUAAUAACAAAGUACUGAACCUAACAGUGGAGAGAGACUUUGCGUCAUUUAAGGAAUGUACAACUUAUUAUGUUAUAGAAAUCGAACUGCCUCUGCUUAUUGGAAAAUCUGUCACAGUGAAUAUUCAGACAUCAUUAUGUAGACUUUUUUUUUUAUUACUGUACAGAAAGCAAUAUUUUUAUUGUUGCAUGUCCAUGUCUUGAGAGUACAAGAUGUUUGUAAAAGUUACAAUGCACAAGAGUUAUAUUAUUGUCUAUUGAAAGUGUUAUUAUGUGUUUUACUUUUGCUACUUUAGAUCUUUCAGUUGAGAACAGAGACCACUAAUCUCGGUAUAGCUUACAGUAAAAGGUUAUGCCAUUAUUAUUAUGUUGAAGGUACCCAUAGUUGAUAUACACCACAUUUUAAUAGUUGGUUAUACUCAUCUCUAGGUGAUUGGUUGUCAUUUUGCUGACAUGUUUCAUAAUGGUGAUUGUAAGAAUCAGACCUGCUAGUCAAUGUAAUGACAAACAGUCUCUAAAGAUGGGGUUAGAGCCAAAUUCUAAAAUCUGUAUAUCAAAUAUUCCUGACAGUGGACAGUGUCCAACUUAAUGUUUAUGUUGCAGUACAUUGUCACAGAUCUUUAGAGAAUCAUUGCAGUAAAGAAAUUGGGUGAUACCUAGUGAGAAGGGACCGACCAGUAGGAGUACUGGGUCCUCAUCUAAUGAUGUGUAAGUGAACUAGUCAUUUGUUGAAAAUCAAUAAUCCAUGGACAGUAGGGAGAUUUAAAUGACUUCUCCAUGAUUAAACUUAAUUGAUUCAGAUUUAUAUCAUCAUAGAAAACAAUUUAAUGGCUUCUUUUCAAUUCAUAGUUUAAUAUUUACACUAGCAGGCACCUCAGUGAUAUCCAGUACACUUACAGGAUCUGUAUGUUGUCCUGUAAUUAAUUCCAGCAUUUAACCCUUUGAAUCUGAAGCUUAUUUAAAUAAUAUAUAAGAAUUCAGUCUGACUGCAAAGAAAGCACAGCUCUUCAUCAUUCAGAGAUCAACUGAUUAAUGGUGUUUAAGGAAAUCACUGUUUAUGCUGAGGAUCAUAUGGACCCAUAAAUACAAAAUGAAGUGUUACUGAUUGUUGAAGCAGGUGGGACAUGUAGUUACCAUUUGGGUUUAAAGGGUAAAUUUAUGCUUCUGUAUGUCUUGUUUAUGUUAAAAUCACACAUUUACAUUUCAGAAGUUUGCACACCUUUCCAUUUAAAAUUAAUGAAGUACAAAUGUCUUGUAGAUGCACCCAUGUUUGGUUAGUAUUAAAUCACACAUUUGCAUUCUGAGAAUUUUGCAGGCCCUUCAAUUUCAAAAUUGGUUACAAAACAUAUCCCAUAGAUGGUCCCUGUGUUUUGUUUAUAUUAAAAUCACACAUUUACAUUCCAAGAAUUAUGCAGAUCUUUCUCUUUAAAAACUGAAGAAGUACACAUGUUCCUUAUACACAAUAAAUUUGCAAAUCCUCGAGCAUAUUUUACAAAUACAAAUAUGGAAUUAUGCUGAAGUUCACUGUCAGUAUUAUGAUAUGACUUGUUUCAUGUGCUUACUAGAAGUAGAUUUAUGAAAAACCUUUCCUCUUUCAAAACAGUCUUUUGCAAUGACACCAAGAUGAAUUUAGUUUGGUGUGAAAGAAGAAAAAUUGGUUUAUUUUUAAUGGUUAUCAGUUGUCUGUUACAUACACGUUAUUUGAUGGAAAUAAUCCUUGUAGGACUUGCAGUUAUUUACUGAGAAACCUUUGUUUAAUAUUUCUGUAUUUAAAGUUUUCCUUCAUAAAAGGUUUGAUUUGUAUUUAGCCCCAUUCUCUCCAGUUCAGAUGUAGUCCUGUUCUACCAUAAGAAAAAUGUAAAAUAGUAAUGAUACUACAUGUAAGAGUAUGUUACAUAUAUAAAGGUAGGUAGUCAUUACAAUUUUUUUUAAUUUCAGGAAGUUCUCAAAUUCCUCUUUGAUAGUAGUUUCAGUUAUGCACAUUUUUCUGUGUCUAUUUUGCAGUUUCACAUUUUAUGUAGAUCUUUGUUGAAAUUACCUUCAGGUGUUGGUACACAUUGUCAUUUUGUGCUUUGAUUUCUACCAGUGUCUGUAACAGAAAAGUACAUCUUGGAACAUACUGUGACUGAUCAGGCAUAAUACAGUAUAAAAUUUGUAUUUUAUAUUGAUAUAAAUGAAUAUAUUUUGUCAUUGUUUUGUUUAGUGUACUCUUCUUAUCUUGGGGUGGAUUGUCAUAAAAAGAAAUAAGUUGUACUCAUAACUGUCUAGCAUAAUGUGUUUUUCUGCUGGUUCAGACAAUGCUUAUGUUACUUUACAGUUACUGUACACAUGAUCCCUACAAAAAUAUACAUUGUUCUACGGGAAAUUGGCCCAUAUUCACUCACAAUAACACACUGACACUAUUGCAGCCUUAUCAGUUCUCAUUGAUAACCAUUACUUAAGAUGGUUUUUGACAUCGUUGGAGGUUUAUCUAUAUACAGUAACCACUAGCUAGUAUGAUGUUUGACACUAUUGUGAUGUUAUUCAUAGAUGAAGCCAAAAGUUCAUUAAUUGUACCCUUUUUUCACUCUUUAAUACUGCUUGGAGGUAGUCAUGUACAAAGUACUCUGGCAACUCAGUGUAAUGUAGGUCCAUCUUGGAGUCCACGAUUUGAUAACUGAUAUGGUAAUUUUAAAGGGACCGCAGUGUAGUCUCACCUUAAUAUAAACCUCAUGGUACCCAAAGUAUAAUGUGACAAUUGUGUUGACAACACCCAAGCCACUUUCAUAUCUGGUGUUUGGUAUAAAUUGUAAAUGGUGAUGGCUUAUUUGGUUGAUGAACCAUUGUGUCAUUUUUUUGUCCCUCUGUUUCUGUUUGUAUCUUCCUGUACACUAUUGCAGUAGGUUUGAAUACAUUGUCGGUAUACUAGUUUUCUGAAGUUUCAGCGUUGUCUUGGAGAACCAAGAAUGCUAAUGAGGGAUUACAUGAUUAUAUUUCACUUGCCUUUUUGCAAUCACUGAACUAGUGUGACAUUAUUGUUCAGCAAACUGUUAUUUAUAAUGUAAUUACUGUCUGAGAUGACUUUUAUGCUCUCUGUUACAUACUUUAAUUUAUUUUAAUUAAUGUUUCACUUUUUGAAUGUUUUGAUCAGUCACAAUUACACACAAAGAUUAGUACCUUUUGAUAAAACUUACCUUCUUCAUCAUGUGAAUGCUGACUUAACUGGCUGGUCACUGACAAUAGGCAGUGUCACAGCAGUGGAACUGUGCAGGUACUGUUGAAUCACACAGCAAUUAGUAUGAAUUUUAUGCCCGUUACAUAAUAUAAUUUACUGUGAGGUGGAUGUGUAAUUGAAUGUUCAGUGGAAUCAGUAGUAAAAAAAUGCAAUAUGUUUCACACAUGAUUCAGACAUAAAAAUAAAAUAUCUUGAAAUGAAAUUAGUUAUAAUUUGCAAAAUCACCAGUGACUUAUAUUUUAUUCAUUCAUAAUUAUAGUCUAUAUAUUCUAGUGCAAUGCAUAUGAAGCAGGUCAACGGUCACUGGAUUCUGAGAAAAUACAAAUACCCCAUAUCUCAUUUUGAAACUAUCUUUUAUGAGAGACAUUGGUCUUGAGAAAACUAAUUCAGUUCAAUAAAAAUUAUAUAUCCAACAACUAUUAGCGUUGAGCAGUACUAUAUUAUAGACCAAAUGCGGUUUGGUCUAUAAUAUAGUACUGCUCAGUGCUAAUAGUCGUUGGAUAUAUACAUUUUAUUGAGUCGCUACACGGUAUAAAAGGAUUUAAGAUCAUUCACUUCAUUUAGUGUUUUCCAUAGCAUGCACUAGCUUGUAUGUUUAUCAUUUGAUUUGUACAUUAUUGUUUUUUAACUUUAUUAUUAUUGUGACAUAAGCAUUUAAUAUCUAAUGUUGCUGUCUGGACUCAGUUCACUGGCAUCUUGCUAUGACAUUCUGCAGAAAUAUAGUUAAUGAAAUCUAAGUUGAUUCUCUGUUUGGUUAUGACCCAGUCUAGGGUAAUCCUAAUAUAGGUUAGGCAACAUAGUUUAUAUUGUGGUUCUGAUUUUUUUAUGACCUGUUCCUUCAUUUGACUAGUCACAGACAUAUUUGGAGUUCUUGAUAGUAAAACUGAUAAUUUUACAAAUCCCUUCAUGACAAGAGACCACAUUUUUACAAAGGAAGUCUUGAGUCCCUUUGCUAUAAAGUUUGCCACUAUAAAUUUAGAGAGUCAUAUAAUUUUUAUAUAAAUAUCUUCCAUAUAAACCUACUCCAAAAGUGUGGAUCCCUAUAUGUAGUUCUCUUAGAUCUACUACCCACUUACCAAUAGUCUGUUCAUACAUUUAGACAAAAGAUGAAAAUACACUCAUUACUAUUGUCUAUUUACUCACUUGUGGUGGGUAGACAAGCAUAUUCCUGGAAUCCUGUAUAUAAUUAUUAGUACUUUGUUUAGAAAGUUUAUAGAACUCAUUAUAAGGGUCUCUAUUUUUUCUGAUGAACCAAAUACCAAAGUUGAAAAUUAAAAACAUAAGAGUCUAUUCCUACAUGGAAGUUUAUUUCCUUACUCUUCUAGUAUGAUAGUUCUGUCAUGGAGAUGGCAAACGUAAACAUAAUUCUUCUCUCUUGGAUGCUAUGUAUUUGUUCCUUUCAAAGUUGCAUCCUUUCAUGUACAUACAUUUAUGACAUAGGUACAGUCUCAUUGAAAAUGUAAACCAUAGUUAAUUGAGUCAGCCUCCUAGAUUGUCCAUGGCAUUCAUCACUAGCAGGUGGCUGUUCAACUUACAAAGUCUUUCAUUUUCAGCAUGAUUGAUCCUUAUAUGCAUAGUAUACAUUCAAGUAUCUUAUAUUUAUUGAAUAUGAAUAAUGCAGUUGCGAGAAAUCCAUAUUCUCGUCUACUUUAAGUUCUGAUUGUGCAUAUACUGUCAUCUUGAAUGGGCCAUAUGUCUUGCCCAUACGUUAUGAGUGUCCUCAAAAUCAUUAGACUCAUGAUCAUAAUAAUUCACCAUUUCCAUUUGAUUUAUCCCAAUUCUCAUAGUGUGUUAUGAAUAUAUUUGCUAAGCUCCAGUCUAUUAAUGAUUAUUAUUAGAAUACAUGUAUAUCAUGGAAGAUAUGUUAUUUCAUAAUGUAUUACACUAUGCUACUCACAAGUUUGAAACAGUGUUGAAUGUGAUAAAUAGGGAGAAUCAGACCUAGCAAGAAAGUAAUCAUAAUUUCCUGCCCUUUGCCUUUUUCACUACUGUUACAUUUAGAGAAAUAAGCUUAUUUUUGCUUAAUAAUUUAAGAUAUGUUGUGAUUUGAUUAUUCAAAAAUAGUAUUUGAAAAAAUAUUCCCUUCUUCAUAUCUUCAUUAGAUAAUAUUGGAGACGUCUUGCCACAGACACAUUUGCUCCUAGGUUGCAUUUUGUCAAAAAUUGUAAUUCUAUGAGUAAUGGUAUAAAGCCUAGAUUUUGCCAAGAUUACCAGUCAAAAAAUUUAUGGAAAAAUUGUUGCUGGAAAAGGAAAUCCUAUGUUAAGUGAUACAUCGCAUUGAGCCCUAUUUCCACUCUGAAUCUAAAUGAAUAUUUUUGUAGAUAUCUGGAUUAAGUUCAAGAGCCAUUCCAGACAAAUACAUGUGAUUAAAAUGAUCUAUCAAUCUGAUAACUGUUAAUGUUCAUUUUAUAUAUUUGUUGGUAGUGAUAACAUUUUUAUUGGAUGUUAUGGACUAAAUAUAAGGUAAGUCUGAAUUACAGUUGUAUAGCAAACUGUCCUGUUAUUUCAUAGUACUGAUGUUAACUUUCUGACUGCCAUACCUUGGAAAUCCUAGUCUAGCUUGGAUUGCAACAAGUUAUCUAAUUCAGACGUAUCAAUUGGUGCACCCCACCCCCUUUUGUCUGGCAUUGUUUAUGUAUCCACUAAUAGAUUCCAUAAUCUGUAUCUUUAAACAAACAGAAGGAGUGGUCUGUGUGGUUCUGGUAGUCAGUGUUAGUAUGUUUAAAUACUCAGUAGUCAGAAAGUUAAAAUAGGCAUGAAGCUUGGAGUGAACUGUGGAUUUGCAAAUCUAUAAUGUAAUAUAAAAGUGCAUGAUUAUUUUGUGUGAUAAUAUUAAAAUAUCUUGUGUUAACUGCAGCAGGAAGUUUGCUAAUUGAAGCAUGUUCAUGACAAACCGCGCUGUUAAGUGAGGUGUGUGCAGUGUGUCUAUGUAAAUAUGGGACAUAGGAUUUUGCUCAUGUUUAUUCUUUCAAUAUAUACUUCACAGUGCCCUAAGUUGUAUUUAUAUUUGCAUUGUUAAGUAUCUCAUAUUGAUCACACUUUUAUGAAACGGAAAGAUAUAUGUACAAAUGCUAUAUGAAAUGCAGAUGACUUCUGCCAUAUUAUAAAGCUUUUUGUCUGCUGGCCAGGAAAUAGCUUCAGAUAAUUAGUCACUGCUUAGCUAUGUAGGUGUAUUUCAUAGAAGCCAAUUAUACUAGACAAGUAUUAAAGAAUUUAUAUUGUAAAACAAUUAUAUAAUUGAUAUUUUGUUUGCUCAGGAGAUAUCUACAAUUAAUAUUUUCUCUUAACAAUACUUUUUUUGUGCAUAUGUACAUAUUGAUUGGUUUAAAUAUUAUUUUUCAAUCUGUAUAGUGUUAAAAUAGUUUAGUUCAUUUUAUUUUAAUAUAUAUGACAAUGAAAUAUUUUAAUAUUUUCUUCUUGAUUUAUACACACUGUAAACAUAUGUAAAUGUUUCACCGUUUCAGGGUAUAAAUGCUGAUAAUACCAUAAACGUUUAAUGAAUUAUACAAAUUAUCAACACCAGAUUCACUGGUAAUACUUGUCUAGCUAUGUAUCUCAUUCUCAAAUCAAAAGUUGGUUUGUGCUGGAAGCAAGAAUUAAGUUAAAUUUUACUUGCUCAUGAUGCAUAUGGAGUUGUAUAAAGAUAUCAAUAAGUCACAUGUACAUAAAAUAAACAACUGACAAAUAU